CUCGCCUGGCCCCGCCCUUUUCGCCCUGCACGAGGAGGCUGUGCGGACGGCUCGGCGGGCUGCGGGAGACGUGGGGAGGCCGCCGCCAUGCCGCAGAACGAGUACAUCGAGCUGCACCGCAAGCGGUAUGGCUACCGCCUGGACUACCACGAGAGGAGGAGGAAGAAGGAGGGCCGCGAGGCUCAUGAGCGGUCCCGGAAGGCCAAGAAGAUGAUCGGGCUAAAGGCGAAGCUCUACCACAAGCAGCGGCAUGCUGAGAAGAUACAGAUGAAGAAGACCAUUAAAAUGCAUGAAAAGAGAAAUACCAAGGAAAAGAACGAUGAAAAAACACCUAAAGGAGCUGUACCAGCGUACCUUCUGGACAGAGAGGGCCAAUCUCGGGCUAAGGUUCUCUCCAACAUGAUCAAGCAGAAAAGAAAAGAAAAAGCUGGGAAAUGGGAAGUUCCUGUGCCAAAGGUCCGUGCACAGGGAGAAACAGAAGUUUUAAAAGUAAUUCGCACAGGAAAGAGAAAGAAGAAGGCCUGGAAGAGAAUGGUUACAAAAGUUUGUUUUGUUGGAGAUGGCUUUACUAGGAAGCCUCCUAAAUAUGAACGAUUCAUCCGACCAAUGGGCUUACGUUUCAAGAAGGCACACGUGACUCAUCCGGAACUUAAAGCUACUUUCUGCCUACCUAUCCUUGGUGUGAAAAAGAAUCCUUCUUCUCCUUUGUAUACAACACUGGGUGUCAUUACCAAGGGGACCGUUAUAGAGGUGAACGUGAGCGAGCUUGGCCUUGUGACACAAGGGGGCAAAGUUAUCUGGGGGAAAUACGCACAGGUAACAAACAAUCCAGAAAAUGAUGGCUGUAUCAAUGCAGUUCUACUCGUCUGAGUUGUGUUCGGCGCCAAGUAUUCGGACAGGGGCUCCUGCAAAAGCAGUGCAGUUUCAGCAGGUUUGCAAGAACUCUGGAACCACUCUGGAACCCUCAGCCAUUCACAAAGAUGGAUCCCACGAGCUGAUGAAGAGGCUAAAUGUGCCAGAGCUGACUGCUUAGGUUUUUGUGUUUGUUGGUUU